AUGCUAGAUUUAGGGGCUUCCAUAAAUGUCAUGCCUUUAUCAGUUUUUACUUCUCUAUCUUUGGGACCUCUUAAAACUACUGGUGUAGUCAUUCAAUUGGCCAACUGUAGCACAAUUAACCUUGUAGGUGUGCUUGAGGACGUCCCUGUAGGUGUGCUUGAGGACGUGCUUGUCCGAGUAGACAAUUCAAUUUUUCCUGUAGAUUUUUAUAUCUUGGAUAUGAAGGAUGAUGAAGGAAUCAGUCCAACAACUAUUAUUUUAGGAAGACCCUUCAUGAUGACAACACGAACCAAGAUAGAUAUGCAUGCAAGAUCAUUGACAAUGGAGAUAGGAGAUGUGAAAGUGCACUUCAACGUGUUGGAAGUUGGGAAGCACCCGAUUAAAAAUCAUUCUUUUUUUUGUAUUGACUUAUUAAGUGGUGUUGUAAGCACUUUUUCUCCAACUUUGGAUUAUUCUUUUUCAAAUAUGUCGUGCCCAACUUUAGACGACGAAGAAAUAUGUAAAGUAGGUGAUAUUGAGGACGUGGUGUCAAUAGAUGAUACCUUUGUGGCAUUCAAGUGUGAUGUUGAGGUGCCUGAUAUUACCUUAGGCAGUAAAAUGUUGCCAUCUGUGGUACAACCACCCAUUUUGGAGUUGAAACCCUUACCAUCUCAUUUGAAAUAUGCUUAUCUUGAGAAACUCCCUGUUAUUAUAUUUGCAUUGCUUACUGAUGAGCAGGAAAAACAACUAUUACAGGUUAUCAGAGAUCACAAGAAAGCAAUAGGCUAG